AUGAAGUCCUCAACAUUGGCAUUUGUUUCCGCUCUCGCUUUAAGCGCCUGUCUCUCCAUUGCUAAUUCUCAGCCAAUUCAUAACACAGAUCUGGUCAAUGUGAACACAUCUACUCAAGUUGUCAAGCCUGUGGCCAAUCAAAAGCGAUAUGUCAAACAUCAUUCAAGCGGUAGGAAGAAGAGAUCUACGACUACCAAGUAUACAACAAAGUAUACUACCAAGCGCACUACCAAGUAUACCACCAAGCAUACGUCCAAGAGCCAUUUGACGAAGCGUACAUCGAAGCACUCCAGCAGACACUCUAAAAGAAGAUCUAGCAAGCACUCUUCCAAGAAGCAUUCUAGCUCAAAGCAUUCUAGCUCAAAGCAUUCUACCAAAACGUCUUCCAAGAAGAGAUCAUCCACCAAGAAACCAGCCAAAAAGUCUUCUUCUAAAAAUUCAGUCAAGACGAAAUCAAUCAGUAGCUGUUACAAAAAGGCAACAUUCACGCAAUACUGGAUUCCCAAGGAAGGCGAUAAAGACAUGCUGAACGACGGCAAAAUUGUGACAUUGACAGGCCCAAAGAACAAGGCACUUAAAUCAGACUCUGGAUCAACUAUUGCCAAGGUAUCCAAGACAACAUACGAUAAAUUCCAAAUGGAGGGUACUGGUCUACUCAAAAAUGGUGUCAUGGUCAAUCUAGGCGACAGUGAUAAAACAUUCCAAAAGGUGGAUCGUUCAGAAGCUCCCUAUGGUCUCGGCAGCGAUGAUAACAUUCAUUUAAGUCCCUGGGUCAGUGUAGCAUCAAAUGAUCUCAAAAUCGGUACAAAGCUCUAUGUCAAAGAAUUGGAUGGUGUCAAAUUACCUGAUGGCAAGACGCACAAUGGCUGUGUUCGUGUGGACGAUGAAGGCUGGAGCUUCCAUGGAUGUCAGCUCGAUUUCUUUGUGCUUCAAUUCACUGCUUAUGAGAAAUUAGAGAACAUACUGCCUGAGAAAGUUACUGUAUCAGCACAAGAUUGCAAGAUUUUGGAUUAUGUUACUGAUUCCGUCAAGAAUUGGGCUGUCAUUAACAAAUAA